GCGUCACACGGACCGAUAUAAGGUGUUGCACGGGUCGAUUGUCUUGCCGCGGUAGUUAGUUUGUUUUGGAUUAUCAGAGGGAGUUAUGGAGACCGAGACAUCCCCAAAUAUACCCACAGAAAGCCAUGGGAUGAAUGGGACUGAUAAAGGCAGAGCUGCCAUUAAAACCCAGUUUCUCACAACCAAAGAAAAGUUCCAUGAGUUACUGGACUCUGGAGGGAAGGGUCCUAACGAUGACAAGGCCAGUGACGAUGCAGCACCAAAAGAGACAGCAGAGGACUCUCUGGAAGAGCCUCAAGAGAAAAAAUUUAAAGUGGACCCGGAUGAGCAGGAGAGGAGGAAGAAACAGAACAGCAAGCGAAUACGAGGACAGAACAAGUCUAGGCCGCAUAUGAAACCCACAAGCUACGACAACAGACGACUGUGUCCUUCCAUAAUUCAGGAGCGUGAGACCAAAUGUGUCUACGGCGACAAAUGCAAGUUCAUCCAUGAUGUUGCUGAGUACAUGGCCUUAAAGCCCGCUGACGUUGGAGAGCACUGCUACCUCUAUGACACCUUCGGGAAGUGCCACUACGGCUUGAGCUGCCGAUUCGCCCGGGCCCACAUCAGUGCUGACCUAAAAAACCUGGCUAACGAGGAGCGUGUGAAAGCCAUGGAGGGGAGAACACCCGUGAGGAAUAGCCUGGACAAGGACCUGCAGUGGCGCCUCCGCAAGAAGGUGGUCCCCUUUACAGCGUCUGACGCCUACAUGAAGACCGUUUUCAAAGGCGGACACAAAGCAGGAGAGGGCUGGAAAAAAGCUGCAACAGCAGAGAACGUUGAUAACUGUUGUUCAGCGGUGGUGCACUCUCAGUGUUCUGAAGGGGAGAAACCACAAACAACAGACAACGAGGGAACUGAGGUUAGCCAGGAGAACCUGGCUCUAGUGAAAACCAUUGGGCCGUUGACUGAUGCUGAUGUUAUAAAGUUACGACAAUGUGAAAAGAAGCAGGUGGACUUCAAAGACAAGCUGUAUCUUGCUCCCUUAACAACGUGUGGAAACCUGCCUUUCCGUCGUAUAUGCAAACGAUUCGGCGCCGACAUUACAUGUGGAGAGAUGGCCAUGUGUACCAACCUGCUGCAGGGCCAGUCGUCCGAAUGGGCGCUCCUCAAGAGACAUGAGAGCGAGGACCUUUUCGGCGUGCAGGUGGAGGGAUGCUUUCCUGACACAAUGACCAGAUGUGCAGAGCUACUCAACAACAAAAUCGACGUGGACUUUGUGGACAUCAACUCUGGGUGUCCUAUUGACCUUGUAUACAAGAAGGGCGGAGGAUGUGGGCUGAUGACGCGCACCAACAAGUUUGAGCAAAUCAUUCGAGGAAUGAACUCUGUUCUGGAUGUCCCUUUGACUGUCAAGAUUCGUACCGGCGUUCAGGAGAAGGCCAACAUCGCACAUAAACUCAUCCCAGAGAUGAAGAAGUGGGGGGUGUCCAUGAUCACGUUGCAUGGCAGGUCCAGGGAACAGCGCUAUACUAAGUCAGCUGACUGGGACUACAUCAAUACCUGCUCCCAACUCGCCAGCCCCAUCCCACUCUUUGGUAAUGGAGACAUUUUGUCUUAUUAUGACGCCAUGAAGGCUAGAGAGACUGAAGUUUCGGGUAUAAUGCUGGCAAGGGGCGCGCUCAUCAAGCCCUGGGUUUUCACCGAGAUCAAGGAGAGGCGGGACUGGGACAUCUCGUCCAGCGAGCGGCUGGAUGUCCUUAGGGACUUCACCCACUACGGCCUGGAGCACUGGGGCUCGGACACCCAAGGCCUGGAGAAGACCAGGAACUUCUUGCUGGAAUGGCUGUCCUUCAUGUGCAGGUACAUACCAGUUGGGCUGCUGGAACAAGUGCCCCAGAGGAUCAACGAGCGACCACCCUACUACAUGGGCAGGGACUACCUGGAGUCUCUCAUGGCCAGUCAACACGUAGGGGACUGGAUCAAGAUCAGUGAAAUGCUGCUUGGACCUGUACCCAAGAAUUUCAACUUUCUGCCCAAGCAUAAGGCAAAUGCUUACAAAUGAAUUUUGUGUAUGAAUGCUCAACAAAAAGUUAUGAAGGCAAAGCUUUUGUCAAUUUUAUUUCCAUUCAAGUCAGCAGUCCUGAAUAUACCUAUUACAUGAGUAAUACACAAGUAAUAAAAAAAUUACGUAAAUGAUUUAUUUCAACUUUGUUUGGAGUGGUGUGUUUCUUUUACUUGGAGAUGUAUUUGUUUUACCAUUGCACCAAAUAAAUACUGUAUAUGGAAUAAAAUACAUCUAAAAUACAACUUUGAUCUUUUCUGAAGAUUAGUAUGUUUGUUUGUUUGAGUUUUGAUUCUCUCGUUUAACAUACAACUGUCUUAGUGUGAAUCUGACAUGAGUCAUGAGAAGAGGAUUGCAGAUGACUUUGAAUAUUAGCAUUACAUUUGCAAAGAAUGAGUUGUUAAUAGUUUUGUUUUUUGAGAUAUCAAUACCAAAUGCAGUGUGGUUCAUGUUACGGAUGUUCAUAAUGGCUAUGACAAGUUUCAAAUUGGUAGGCCACUGUGUAGUGGAUAUACAGUGGUUUAAAUGGACAGAUAGUCAGAAUUUUGUCAAUAACUCAGUCAUCUUUUGACCAAUCCCUUUUGCUUUUCUCAAACUAAGUUAAUUUAGACUUUCCAAUUUGGUCGUAUGGUUCGGGAGAAUAUUUUGGCGUAUGUGCUAAUAUGCAUCUCCUGGUAUAGAGUGGCCAUCUUUGAAUGUAUCAACGUUAUUUUAUCUUUAGGGACUAUUGUGACUAGUCCAGGGACCAAAUUUGGAGUGAAUCUGAAUUUUAGUCCAUGAGAAGAUUUGAUAUGAUUUAUUUUAAGCAUUAGUGUUACAUAGUCAAAACAGUUAAUUGUUAGAUUUUUUAAAAAGAUAUCAACGCAAAACGGAACAUGGUUCAUUAUUGUAAUGUAUUUGAUGAAUAAACCGUUUCAAGUUGA